AUGACAACUCCAAGGAAUGCUUAUAAAAUUGAUGAGCAAUAUCCUGGCUCCGACCUUCCUGGUGAAACGGCCGCAACACUGACUACUGCGGCCGUUGCUUUUAGCAAGUCGGACCCGCGUUAUUCAAAGGAGCUUCUUACUCAUGCCAAAGAGAUCGAUUCUGGUUUUCAAUUCGUGUUGGCUGACCUAAUUCUCAAUCUUUUGAAUAGUGCUGGUGUGAUGUUAGUACCAGUUCCGUUUGAUGGAGUAGGAUACAGGUCUUGGAGAAGAAGCGUACUUCGAGCCUUAUCAGUGAAAAACAAAUUAGGGUUCAUCAAUGGUGAAUGUAAGAAACCUGAUACAAAUUCAACUGAAUUUCGCCAAUGGGAAAGGUGCGACGACAUGGUGACAUCAUGGAUAUUGAAUUGUUUGUCUAAAGAAAUUUCAGACAGUGUUGAGUAUGUUAAUUACUCUGCAGAACUGUGGACUGAAUUGGAAGAUAGGUACGACCAAACAAAUGGGGCAAAAUUAUAUCAAAUCCAAAAGGAAAUAAAUGACCUGAUGCAAGGAACCUUAGAUAUCAAUACCUACUACACAAGGAUAAAAAAGUUGUGGGAAGAAAUGAGCACACAUAGUGCCAAAAACCAGUGCAAAUGUCAAUGUACAUGUGGAGCAAAGGAAAGCUUUCACAAAGCAGAACAUGGCAGACGUUUGAUUCAAUUCCUUAUGGGAUUGAAUGAGGAGAAAAAACAAAGAGAAUUUAGGCCCAGUAAUCGACUGGAAAUUGGAUCAACUUCAUUGAAUGCAUCUACUGUGAACUACAGAAAUUCAUCUGGAAGGAACUUUAGAACAAAUUAUAUAGGAAAGAACAACCACUCAAGAUUCAACAAUCCAUCAAGAAACAAUAUUUACUCAGGAAACAACAACUACUCAAGCAACAAUAGAAAUGACUUAUUUUGUGAAUUCUGCAAAAGACCAGGACAUACCAAAGACAAAUGCUACAAACCGCAUGGGUAUCCUAAUAACAACCAUAGCAACAAUCCACAAGGCAACUACCAAAGCUAUCCACAAACCAAUAACCAGUACUUUAGAUUUGAUAAAGGGAAGAGAGUUGUAGCUAAUGCACAUGGGGAUUUGACGUCCACUUAUGGAGAGGAAUAUCCAAGAAAUGAUACUCAGAGUGCUAACCAUCAGAAUGCCAAAUUGAAAAAGGAACAAUAUGAACAAAUGAUGAGUAUGCUGAAACAUUUCCAAGUUGAGAACACUGGAGAAGAUCAGAAUAAUGACUCUAAUGUCAAUGCUGGUUCUGCCAACUUUACAGGUAUUGGCCCUUCAAUGAAGAGGCCUCAGGUGAUUGGUAGUAGUGGACUCUACUUUCUUUGUUCCAGAUGUCUCAAGUGUAAUGUUGGUAAUGCUACUAAUGUGAUUUCUGUUUGUUGUUGUUUUUCUGGUAGUGACUCCUCUCUUGUUAGAAAGAAGCUUAACAAUGUAAAUAGUGGCAGCAACAUGUUCACUAGGAACAAAAUCCUCAUUUCCCCUCCACAUGUUUCAUGUUCAUCCCCUUAUGUACAUAUUUCCACUUUUCACAAUAAUAAAACUGAUGAGUCUGCCAAUGAUUCUUGUUUGUUUGUCGACAACAACUCUAGUCUGACUGUUAGCAAAAAUCCUUGUUUGUCUGAUAGUAAUAAUUCCUACUUGUCUAUCAUUAGCAAUGUGGACUUAAUGUGGCAUAGCAGACUUGGCCAUGUGCCCUUUGUUAAAAUGAGAGAUGACUUUAGCAGAUGCACAUGGACACAUCUGCUUAGCACCAAGAGUAAUGCUCUCCAAGUCUUAAAGGCCUUCACCAUUAUGGUAGAAAAUCAGUUUAACACCUCCAUUAAAACCAUCAGAUCAGACAAUGGCCUUGAAUUCACCAGUAAAGAAGCCAAUCAAUUCUUUCAAACCAAAGGUAUACUUCAUCAGAAAAGUUUCCCUUAUAAACCACAACAAAAUAGUGUGGUGGAAAGAAAGCAUAAACACUUGCUUGAAACUGCCAGAGCACUUUUGUUUCAGUCCAAAUUGCCCUUGAAAUAUUGGGGAGAGUGCAUACUGACAACUAUUCAUCUUAUAAACAGACUCCCAUCAACCCAAUUGAAGAAUAAGUCCCCUUAUGAACUUUUAUACAAAAGAAAACCAGACUAUUCUCACCAAAAAACCUUUGGAUGUCUAUGCUAUCCAACUGUGCCAAAGGUGCAUAGAGACAAGUUUGAACCAAGAAUCACAACUCACAUAUUUGUGGGAUAUCCUUAUGGCAUAAAGGGCUACAAGUCUGUAGUGUUUGAUGAUUUCUCUAAAAGUACUGAAACAAGACCUCAGAAUACCCUAAUUAAUGAUACUAGAAAUGUAGUUGUCACUGAACCUGAUAUGCCACUUGACUCAUCCCAACAAGCACCUCCAUCUCCCAUUUCCCAUUCAUCACCUCCUGCUCAUCCCUCUUCACCACCAUCACCAAUCCCAUCUCCUAUUUUCCACCCACCAGCUCAACCUUCAUCCAUGGUUCCACAGAGAACUUCACAGAGACCUAAUAAACCACCUAACACCUAA